UUUGUCUGCCUCUCCUCUACCCCCAUAGCAGAGGGCAACAUCUCCUCUCUCAGCAACUGGCUCCUCACCUUCCACUCUAAAUUCCUGGAGGAGUCAGAUCUCACAGCCAUCACUUCCUUCCUACAAGGCCUAACUUCACAUCCUGCCCUUGCCCCUCUCACACCCAAGACCAGCUCCUCCUCCUCUUCCAGUCCACAGAAAGUGUGGAAGUCCAUUGGCUAA